AUGAAGGAGAGGAAUUCUGUGCACAUUCCAGUCUCUUGCAGUUACUAUGGGGAGCUCUAUUGGCAAUCUGAGAAGCUGAAAAUCUAUAUUACUGGAGCUGGUGGUUUCAUUGCCUCUCACAUAGCGAGGAGUUUCAAGAGUGAAGGUCACUACAUUAUUGCCACCGACUGGAAGAAGAAUGAGCACAUGAAAGAAGGCGUGUUCUUUCAUGAAUUCCAUCUUGUGGAUCUUAGGGUUAUGAAUAAUUGCUUGAAGGUUACCAGAGGUGUGGACCAUGUCUUCAACUUGGGUGCUGAUAUGGCGGGAUGGGAUUCAUUCAGUCCAACCAUUCUGUUAUCGUGUACAACAAUACCAUGA